AAUCCACCAGCCUUGGUCAGUCAUUCAAGGCUCUUCUCGGCCAGGUGCAGUGGCUCACUCCUGUCAUCACAGCACUUUGGGAGGCCGAGGCCGGCGGAUCACAUGAGGUCAGGAGUUCAAGACCAACCUGGCCACAUGGUGAAACCCCAUCUCUACUAAAAAUACAAAAAUUAGCCAGGUGUGGUGGUGCAUGCCUGUAGUCCCAGCUACUCUGGAGGCUGAGGCAGGAGAAUUGCUUGAACCUGGAAGGUGGAGGUUGCAGUGAGCCAAAAUCACGCCACUGCACUCCAGCCUGGGCAACAGAGCAAGACUCCGUCUCAAAAAAAAAAAAAAAAAAAAAAAAAAAACCCGUAGGCCGGGCAUGGUGGCUCACGCCUGUAAUCCCAGCAGUUUGGGAGGCCGAGACGGACAGAUCACAAGGUCAGGAUUUUGAGACCAGCCUGGCCAAUAUGGUGAAACCCCGUCUCUACUGGAAAAAAAAAAACAAACAAAAAUUAACCAGGCGUGGUGGCAGGUGCCUGUAGCCCCAGCUACUCAGGAGGCUGAGGCAGGAGAAUAGCUUGAACCCGGGCGGCGAAGGUUGAGUGAGCCGAGAUUGCACCACUGCACUCCAGCCUGGGCGACAGAGCGAGACUCCAUCUAAAAAAAAAAGAGUAGUAAGUUCCACCCACCUCCCAGUAUGGUGACUUGCCAUGGCAUCUGGCACCCCUGAUAGUUCUCUUCACACUGCCAUGGGGGCUCUGGCACUCCCACACCAUACCCUAGGGCAGGGUCCCUCCCUCGGCCUCUGUCCAUUCUCUUCACACUGCCAUGGGGGCUCUGGCACUCCCACACCAUACCCUAGGGCAGGGUCCCUUCCUUGGCCUCUGUCUUCAGCCCCUCUGACGUUAGAGGAGUUGGAACCCAGGCUCCCCCUUCCCCUCUCCCAGGUGCCCCAUGGCAGCCCAGACUCUGUGUCUGCAGUUCAGGGGCAGGGAGUCAGGAGGGCAGGCACAAAGCGUUCUCAGGAAGAACUGGCAAUCGGGCGCAAGGGUAUCAUCUGCCCGGGUGCUCUGGGCACCCUGGAGUCCUCUCCCCACCUCCCACCCCCACCUGAUCCUUCCCAGCUGCCACCAUUCCUCUCCUACCACACCGCCCAGGCCAAAAUCACUCCAUCCAUGACGCCUACAGUAGCCCAGCGUAGGUCUCCCUGGACCACAUUUGUCCUCAAGGGCCUGUGUCCUUAUCCCCCCUUCACCCCCAACUGUCCCCCGCCACAGCCAGCCCUCUGUUCCUCUCACACCCCAAGCUCAUUCCUACCUUCACUGGCCUCUUACUCCCCAGCUGAAAUAUCACCUCCUUAGCAGAGCUUUCCCAGUGAGAUAACCCCCCCGCUCCCCGCAGAGCUCUCCCAUCACCCAGGGUGUUUCCUUCAUGGAACUCAUGACAAUGUGAGGUUGCCAUGUUUCUUUGCUAAGAGGUUUCUUGUGUAAACACCAGGAAGGAAAGGACCUGUGCCUGUCCUCUUCCCUAAGCACUUGAAUGAAUGAAUGAAUGAAUGAAUGAAUGAAUGCGGUAUGGGUGCCUGAGCAAGGAGGACCUUGAAUAAGUGUGAGGUCCUCUCUAGGCUUCAGCUUCCUCCGCCUCCUCCCCUCACCGCAGCCGCCUUCCUCCACCCAUCCCCACCAUCCCAGCUGCUGUGAAAUGGGCAAAUGUCUUGCCUCCAGGACCUGGGAAGGGUGAUGCAGCUCACCUCCCUCCUGUUCACACCCCAGCCACCCCAGCCAUCCCAGCCGGGUCCCAGCCACCCACACAGCACCUCCUCUUGGCCCCGCCCUGCCCAGCCCCUCCCAGGUGCCUGAGGUGGAGCCGCCAGUUCCCACAGCACCCCAGCGGCCUGCCAUGGGGGGUCUAAGGCCCUGGUCCCGAUACGGGCUCCUGGUUGUGGCCCACUUGCUGGCCCUGGGGCUUGGGGCUGUGGUGUUCCAGGCCCUGGAGGGGCCUCCUGCAUGCAGGCUUCAGGCUGAGCUCAGGGCAGAGCUGGCAGCCUUCCAGGCAGAGCAUAGGGCCUGCCUGCCACCCGGAGCUCUGGAAGAGCUGCUGGGCACUGCCCUGGCCACCCAGGCCCAUGGGGUCUCCACCCUGGGCAACAGCUCAGAGGGCAGGACCUGGGACCUUCCCUCAGCCCUGCUCUUCGCUGCCAGCAUCCUCACCACCACAGGUUAUGGCCACAUGGCCCCACUAUCGCCAGGCGGAAAGGCCUUCUGCAUGGUCUAUGCAGCCCUGGGGCUGCCAGCCUCCUUAGCUCUCGUGGCCACCCUGCGCCAUUGCCUGCUGCCUGUGCUCAGCCGCCCACGUGCCUGGGUAGCGGUCCACUGGCAGCUGUCACCGGCCAGGCCUGCGCUGCUGCAGGCAGUUGCACUGGGACUGCUGGUGGCCAGCAGCUUUGUGCUGCUGCCAGGGCUGGUGCUGUGGGGCCUUCGGGGCGACUGCAGCCUGCUGGGGGCCGUCUACUUCUGCUUCAGCUCGCUCAGCACCAUUGGCCUGGAGGACCUGCUGCCCGGCCGCGGCCGCAGCCUGCACCCCGUGAUUUACCACCUGGGCCAGCUCACACUUCUUGGUUACUUGCUUCUAGGACUCUUGGCCAUGCUGCUGGCAGUGGAGACCUUCUCUGAGCUGCCGCAGGUCCGUGCCAUGGGGAAGUUCUUCAGACCCAGUGGUCCUGUGACUGCUGAGGACCAAGGUGGCAUCCUAGGGCAGGAUGAACUGGCUCUGAGCACCCUGCCGCCCGCGGCCCCAGCUUCAGGACAAGCCCCUGCUUGCUGAAGCGUCAGGUGACCGAGUUCAGCUCCGUAAGGUGGCGGCACCUGAGGAGGAAGCAGCCAGGAGUGGCUGGGGAAGAAUCUGGAGAUGGGGCCGCGGUGGGGGUGGGCGGGAGGCCUCAGGGAAUACUGUUAAUCAUAAAAUGAGCAACGACUUCGGCUGUUUUCAACUAUUUCGAAUGGGACUUCCCUGAGCCACCGGCCACCAUCCCGGGAAGGCCGAGGUCCAGCCUCCGCUGGCCCUGGGAACCUCGAAACCGCACCUUCCGGCUUAGGAUGGCAGAGCC